AUGGACAUUGCGGAGGUACUGGUUUGCGCAUUCAUGGUCGUAGUCAUCGUAGUGAGUUUACUGUCCAACAUUUUGGUUUUCGUUUGCUUUUUGUACAACCCGGAGAUCCGCAAACAAGCGCCGGGACUUUUUACGCUCAACUUAACCUUUUGCAACGUGCUCCUCACCGUCUCCAACAUGCCCCUGACGCUCGUGGGGGUCAUGAGCGAAACGCAGCCGGGGGGCGACGCGCUGUGCCAAGCCGUGGGGUUCCUGGAGACGUUUCUGAGCACGAAUUCUAUGUUGAGCAUGGCAGCGCUGAGCAUCGACCGGUGGAUCGCGGUGGUCUUCCCGUUACGGUAUCACUCCAGAAUGCGACACCGAGACGCGCUGCUCGUGCUCGGCUACACGUGGACCCACUCCGCGAGCUUCUCCGCGGCCGCCUCGUGCCUCUCGCUGGUCGGGUAUCACCGGGUGUUCGCCUCGUGCACGUUGGUGAGCCCCAGGGCGCACGUCAGCGGCCGGUCGCAGCUGGUGGCGUUCACGGUGCUGUUCCACGCGUGCACGUUCCUGCUCUCGUGCGUGGUGCUGUGCGUGACGUACCUCAAAGUGCUGAAAGUGGCGCGGUUUCACUGCAAGAGGAUCGACGUGAUCACCAUGCAGACGCUCGUGCUGCUCGUGGACAUUCACCCCAGUGUGCGUGAGCGAUGUCUGGAGGAGCAGAGGAGGAGGAGACAAAGAGCCACCAACAAGAUCAGCACCUUCAUCGGGACCUUCAUGAUCUGUUUUACUCCAUACGUCAUCACCAGGCUGGUGGAGCUGUUCCCGGCCGUGCACAUCCCCCCUCUGUGGGCGCGGCUCUGUAAGCUGCUGGUCUACAGUAAAGCCGCCUGUGACCCGUUUGUUUACUCGCUGCUCCGGACCCAGUACAGACAGACCUGCGCCCGCCUCGCCAACCGCCUCCUCAAGCCCCGCCCCCUCCACGCUUCGCCCAGGACCGCCCAUCACCACGGCAACCGGAUACCCACAGCCGAGUAG